GGUCUGAUUAAUGCAAGCGGCCCCAUUCGACUGGCACACAUCGCAGGCAGACCAGAUCACACUCCCCUGCAGCGUCACGAGGAUCAACUAAAUGAUGAGACAGAACAACUCGUUCUGCUCCUCCCGUUUCUCCAAGCGGCUCUCGGUCAAUCCGCUGGCUGCUUAAAUUGUGCUCUCACCAAUUUUCAGUAUACGUGCGUAAACGAGACCAGCUAUGGAUUCUGCUUUUCAGAGGAAACAGUCGACGAAACCACAAUCAGAUCUUGUGAUGAAGGGUUUUAUUGCACCCUGGAUGAAUUCUGUUCACCCGAGGAGUCGUCCUCACCUGCUUGUGUACCUGAUGAUACGACAUCUACAACAUCGGAUGUAACAACAGAGUCUUCCACUGAAUCUUCAACUGUAACCACAGAUACAUCAACUGAAUAUUCACCCACAACUGAUUCAUCGUCCACUGAGUCAUCAACUGUAACCACAGAAUCAUCCACAGAAACAUCCACUGCAACCACAGAUUCAUCAACCAUAUCCUCGCCUUCAAGCACUGAUUCAUCCACUGAAUCAACCACAGGAUCUCCACUAAAUGCUGAUCUCUAUUGUUCAACGUUACAAAAGAAAGGAUACUUUCGGGUCGAUAGUGAUUCAACCUGCAAACAGUACGUGUACUGCUAUAAAUUGAGCUUAGAUUAUUUGGGCUGGCUAUACUAUUGCAACACGAAUGAAUUUUAUAAUUCUGAUACGGAAUCAUGCCAGGCCGAACGGCCUGCCAAUUGCUAAAAAACGAUCCAAUUAAAGAUAUAUUUUUUGUUUCUUCGAA